AUGUCGACGCCGGGUGCGGGCGCCGAUGGUGCCCCAUCUGAGCCGAAGAAGGUGGUUCGCAGGGUCGUCAAGAAGAAGGACGCCGCGGUUGAUGACUCCAAGUGGGAGGAGAAGCAGCGCGUGCCGCCCAGCAAGAUCGACGGGGACAUCAAGGAGUACAUGAAGAUCCAGUACUGCCGGGAUAUGACGGCGCGCAACGUCUGGUACUACCGCGACAGGUUGAGCACGCCGCGGGGCCCGUGCACGCUGUCGACGCUGCGGGAGGCGUGGGUGACGGGGACGGUGGACGAGAACACCCUGGUGUGGGGGGAGGGCCUUGGGGACUUCAUCCCGAUCCGGAACGUGCGGACGCUGGUGGCGCAGAUCCGGACACCGGAGGUGAAGCUCGCGACGUGGCUGAACAAGAAGCUGCUCAUCGAGCCGCGGCUACGGAUGGCGCGCAAGGCCCGCGGGGAGGCCGCCGCGCGCUCGAACCAGGUCGACAACAUGUUCUAG